CGGGCUUGUAGGUCUGACGGACGGGGCGGUCGUCGAAUCGGCAGACCGGAAGCAGAGGCAGGGGGAGGGAUUGAUUGGGCGCCUUGUUCGCAGAAGCGGCUUCCGUCGGGCACGAGCUUCUUUUUUGCUGCGCGGGAGGGCGGCUCGACUGAUCCGAGGAGGAGACCCGGCUCGCUGCUAACGGCUGUUCGGGUGAGCUUUCCCGUCACAGGGCUGGGGAUGGAUCGGAGGAGGAGGGGGGGGGAGACCCGGGGCCGGCCUGGCCGGGGAAACUGUGUGUGUGAGGGAGAGAGGGAUGGUGUGUGUAGGCCGUGCCUGCAGUGAGAGGGCGGUUACACACUAUACACACACUAUGGGUACUAUGGGACUGCUCUCACACAAUGCACCGGGUUUAUACAAUAUCUAUUACUGUAUGGGCUGCUAUAUCAGUACACACAGAGAGAGGGAUGGUGUGUGUAGGCCGUGCCUGCAGUGAGAGGGCGGUUACACACUACACACUAUACACACACUAUGGGUACUAUGGGGCUGCUCUCACACAAUGCACUGGGUUUAUACAAUAUCUAUUACUGUAUGGGCUGCUAUAUCAGCACACACAGAGAGAGGGAUGGUGUGUGUAGGCCGUGCCUGCAGUGAGAGGGCAGUUACACACUAUACACACACUAUGGGACUGCUCUCACACCAUGCACCGGGUUUAUACAAUAUCUAUUACUGUAUGGGCUGCUAUAUCAGCACACACAGAGAGAGGGAUGGUGUGUGUAGGCCGUGCCUGCAGUGAGAGAGCGGUUACACACUAUACACACACUAUGGGUACUAUGGGGCUGCUCUCACACAAUGCACCGGGUUUAUACAAUAUUUAUUACUGUAUGGGCUGCUAUAUCAGCACACAGAGAGAGAGGGAUGGUGUGUGUGUGUAGGCCGUGCCUGCAGUGAGAGGGCAGUUACACACUAUACACACACUAUGGGUACUAUGGGGCUGCUCUCACACAAUGCACCGGGUUUAUACAAUAUCUAUUACUGUAUGGGCUGCUAUAUCAGCACACAGAGAGAGGGGGAUGGUGUGUGUGUGUAGGCCGUGCCUGCAGUGAGAGGGCGGUUACACACCAUACACACACUAUGGGUACUAUGGGACUGCUCUCACACAAUGCACCGGGUUUAUACAAUAUCUAUUACUGUAUGGGCUGCUAUAUCAGCACACAGAGAGAGGGAUGGUGUGUGUAGGCCGUGCCAGCAGUGAGAGGGCGGUUACACACUAUACACACACUAUGGGUACUAUGGGGCUGCUCUCACACAAUGCACGGGUUUAUACAAUAUCUAUUACUGUAUGGGCUGCUAUAUCAGCACACAGAGAGAGGGAUGGUGUGUGUAGGCCGUGCCUGCAGUGAGAGGGCGGUUUACACUAUACACACACUAUGGGUACUAUGGGGCUGCUCUCACACAAUGCACGAGGGUUUAUACAAUAUCUAUUGCUGUAUGGGCUGCUAUAUCAGUACACAGAGAGAGGGAUGGUGUGUGUGUAGGCCGUGCCUGCAGUGAGAGGGCGGUUACACACUAUACACACACUAUGGGUACUAUGGGACUGCUCUCACACAAUGCACCGGGUUUAUACAAUAUCUAUUACUGUAUGGGCUGCUAUAUCAGCACACACAGAGAGAGAGGGAUGGUGUGUGUAGGCCGUGCCUGCAGUGAGAGGGCGGUUACACACUAUACACACACUAUGGGUACUAUGGGGCUGCUCUCACACAAUGCACCGGGUUUAUACAAUAUCUAUUACUGUAUGGGCUGCUAUAUCAGCACACACACAGAGAGAGGGAUGGUGUGUGUAGGCCGUGCCUGCAGUGAGAGGGCGGUUACACACUAUACACACACUAUGGGUACUAUGGGACUGCUCUCACACAAUGCACCGGGUUUAUACAAUAUCUAUUACUGUAUGGGCUGCUAUAUCAGUACACACAGAGAGAGGGAUGGUGUGUGUAGGCCGUGCCAGCAGUGAGAGGGCGGUUACACACUACACACUAUACACACACUAUGGGUACUAUGGGGCUGCUCUCACACAAUGCACUGGGUUUAUACAAUAUCUAUUACUGUAUGGGCUGCUAUAUCAGCACACACAGAGAGAGGGAUGGUGUGUGUAGGCCGUGCCUGCAGUGAGAGGGCAGUUACACACUAUACACACACUAUGGGACUGCUCUCACACCAUGCACCGGGUUUAUACAAUAUCUAUUACUGUAUGGGCUGCUAUAUCAGCACACACAGAGAGAGGGAUGGUGUGUGUAGGCCGUGCCAGCAGUGAGAGGGCGGUUACACACUAUACACACACUAUGGGUACUAUGGGGCUGCUCUCACACAAUGCACUGGGUUUAUACAAUAUCUAUUACUGUAUGGGCUGCUAUAUCAGCACACAGAGAGAGAGGGAUGGUGUGUGUAGGCCGUGCCUGCAGUGAGAGGGCGGUUACACACUAUACACACACUAUGGGUACUAUGGGGCUGCUCUCACACAAUGCACCGGGUUUAUACAAUAUCUAUUACUGUAUGGGCUGCUAUAUCAGCACACAGAGAGAGGGAUGGUGUGUGUAGGCCGUGCCUGCAGUGAGAGAGCGGUUACACACUAUACACACACUAUGGGUACUAUGGGGCUGCUCUCACACAAUGCACCGGGUUUAUACAAUAUUUAUUACUGUAUGGGCUGCUAUAUCAGCACACAGAGAGAGAGGGAUGGUGUGUGUGUGUAGGCCGUGCCUGCAGUGAGAGGGCAGUUACACACUAUACACACACUAUGGGUACUAUGGGGCUGCUCUCACACAAUGCACCGGGUUUAUACAAUAUCUAUUACUGUAUGGGCUGCUAUAUCAGCACACAGAGAGAGAGGGAUGGUGUGUGUAGGGCGUGCCUGCAGUGAGAGGGCGGUUACACACUAUACACACACUAUGGGUACUAUGGGACUGCUCUCACACAAUGUACUGGGUUUAUACAAUAUCUAUUACUGUAUGGGCUGCUAUAUCAGCACACACAGAGAGAGGGAUGGUGUGUGUAGGCCGUGCCUGCAGUGAGAGGGCGGUUACACACUAUACACACACUAUGGGUACUAUGGGGCUGCUCUCACACAAUGUACCGGGUUUAUACAAUAUCUAUUACUGUAUGGGCUGCUAUAUCAGCACACAGAGAGAGAGGGAUGGUGUGUGUAGGCCGUGCCUGCAGUGAGAGGGCGGUUACACACUAUACACACACUAUGGGUACUAUGGGGCUGCUCUCACACAAUGCACCGGGUUUAUACAAUAUCUAUUGCUGUAUGGGCUGCUAUAUCAGUACACAGAGAGAGGGAUGGUGUGUGUGUAGGCCGUGCCUGCAGUGAGAGGGCGGUUACACACUAUACACACACUAUGGGUACUAUGGGACUGCUCUCACACAAUGCACCGGGUUUAUACAAUAUCUAUUACUGUAUGGGCUGCUAUAUCAGCACACACAGAGAGAGAGGGAUGGUGUGUGUAGGCCGUGCCUGCAGUGAGAGGGCGGUUACACACUAUACACACACUAUGGGUACUAUGGGGCUGCUCUCACACAAUGCACCGGGUUUAUACAAUAUCUAUUACUGUAUGGGCUGCUAUAUCAGCACACACACAGAGAGAGGGAUGGUGUGUGUAGGCCGUGCCUGCAGUGAGAGGGCGGUUACACACUAUACACACACUAUGGGUACUAUGGGACUGCUCUCACACAAUGCACCGGGUUUAUACAAUAUCUAUUACUGUAUGGGCUGCUAUAUCAGUACACACAGAGAGAGGGAUGGUGUGUGUAGGCCGUGCCAGCAGUGAGAGGGCGGUUACACACUACACACUAUACACACACUAUGGGUACUAUGGGGCUGCUCUCACACAAUGCACUGGGUUUAUACAAUAUCUAUUACUGUAUGGGCUGCUAUAUCAGCACACACAGAGAGAGGGAUGGUGUGUGUAGGCCGUGCCUGCAGUGAGAGGGCAGUUACACACUAUACACACACUAUGGGACUGCUCUCACACCAUGCACCGGGUUUAUACAAUAUCUAUUACUGUAUGGGCUGCUAUAUCAGCACACACAGAGAGAGGGAUGGUGUGUGUAGGCCGUGCCUGCAGUGAGAGGGCAGUUACACACUAUACACACACUAUGGGUACUAUGGGACUGCUCUCACACAAUGCACCGGGUUUAUACAAUAUCUAUUACUGUAUGGGCUGCUAUAUCAGCACACAGAGAGAGGGAUGGUGUGUGUAGGCCGUGCCUGCAGUGAGAGGGCGGUUACACACUAUACACACACUAUGGGUACUAUGGGGCUGCUCUCACACAAUGCACCGGGUUUAUACAAUAUCUAUUACUGUAUGGGCUGCUAUAUCAGCACACAGAGAGAGAGGGAUGUGUGUGUGUAGGCCGUGCCUGCAGUGAGAGGGCAGUUACACACUAUACACACACUAUGGGUACUAUGGGGCUGCUCUCACACAAUGCACCGGGUUUAUACAAUAUCUAUUACUGUAUGGGUUGCUAUAUCAGCACACAGAGAGAGAGGGAUGGUGUGUGUAGGCCGUGCCUGCAGUGAGAGAGCGGUUACACACUAUACACACACUAUGGGUACUAUGGGACUGCUCUCACACAAUGCACCGGGUUUAUACAAUAUCUAUUACUGUAUGGGCUGCUAUAUCAGCACACAGAGAGAGGGGGAUGGUGUGUGUAGGCCAUGCCAGCAGUGAGAGGGCGGUUACACACUAUACACACACUAUGGGUACUAUGGGACUGCUCUCACACAAUGCACCGGGUUUAUACAAUAUCUAUUACUGUAUGGGCUGCUAUAUCAGCACACAGAGAGAGGGAUGGUGUGUGUAGGCCAUGCCUGCAGUGAGAGGGCGGUUACACACUAUACACACACUAUGGGUACUAUGGGGCUGCUCUCACACAAUGCACUGGGUUUAUACAAUAUCUAUUACUGUAUGGGCUGCUAUAUCAGCACACAGAGAGGGAGGGAUGGUGUGUGUAGGCCGUGCCUGCAGUGAGAGGGCGGUUACACACUAUACACACACUAUGGGUACUAUGGGACUGCUCUCACACAAUGCACCGGGUUUAUACAAUAUCUAUUACUGUAUGGGCUGCUAUAUCAGCACACAGAGAGAGAGGGAUGGUGUGUGUAGGCCGUGCCUGCAGUGAGAGGGCAGUUACACACUAUACACACACUAUGGGUACUAUGGGGCUGCUCUCACACAAUGCACCGGGUUUAUACAAUAUCUAUUACUGUAUGGGCUGCUAUAUCAGCACACAGAGAGAGAGGGAUGGUGUGUGUAGGCCGUGCCUGCAGUGAGAGAGCGGUUACACACUAUACACACACUAUGGGUACUAUGGGGCUGCUCUCACACAAUGCACCGGGUUUAUACAAUAUCUAUUACUGUAUGGGCUGCUAUAUCAGCACACACACAGAGAGAGGGAUGGUGUGUGUAGGCCGUGCCUGCAGUGAGAGGGCGGUUACACACUAUACACACACUAUGGGUACUAUGGGACUGCUCUCACACAAUGCACCGGGUUUAUACAAUAUCUAUUACUGUAUGGGCUGCUAUAUCAGCACACACAGAGAGAGGGGGAUGGUGUGUGUAGACCGUGCCUGCAGUGAGAGGGCGGUUACACACUAUACACACACUAUACACACACUAUGGGUACUAUGGGACUGCUCUCACACAAUGCACUGGGUUUAUACAAUAUCUAUUACUGUAUGGGCUGCUAUAUCAGCACACAGAGAGAGGGAAAUAGACAGCUCAUCAAAAUGUUUUAUUAAAUAUUUACUAAAUAUAAUAAACUAAAGGGGAAGUAAGAGAUUGGGGGGGGGGGGCAAUGUUAUAUAUAUUGAUUUAAUAAAUAGAGAAAUCCAUCAAAAUGCGUGUAAAUAUUUACAAAAUACAAUAAACUUAAGGGGUGGGAAGGGUGCACAAGGUAAGAUUGUGGGGGGGGUCUCUUCCUCGUAUCUGCUUAAAUAUUUUACCCUAAAUUUUCCCAUUGGGUUUUCAGUUCCAGAUUUUUAGUAAAUGCUGGAAUGAUGCCUAAUCUUUGGUCCAUUCGAUGUCUUCCUUGAUGCACUAUUAAUUAUAGAAAUAGUACCUUGGUUCACAUCAGAAUCAGAACCAAUAGUUUGCCAUUGUACUUUUGCACAAAAAGCAAUGAAUAUAAUUUUACAUUUUAGUGUUCAGUAUUGAUGAGUCACUGUGUAUUUAUCAUGUCUCAAAUGUAAUGUUUUAUUGAAAUCUUUUGAUCAAGAGUAGAUGCAUUUUAGAAUUACGUGAGUGACAGAAUGUAGCAAAAUAGCUGGGUUUUGCCCAACAUUUGAUUACCAUAUGGAAUGCAAACAUUUGGAGUAUACAUUGUAGUGAGUUUUGUAACACUUGAGAAAUUGUCAAUACUUGAAAAUGGCGGUGUGGCAGGGGGAAAGCCACCUACAAACUAAAUGGGAGUGUGCAAGUUCCAUAAGAUGGUUUAAGUGCCUCUGUUGGGUCAGUUUGCGUUCCAGAAUUCUGAGGUUUGGCAUUGGUUAUGCCAUUGAAAAGCUUUUGAUUAUUGCAUACCAUUCAAAUGAAUAGGUGGAGGCUGGACCUUACUGAAUCUAUUAUGUUAUAGACCAUCUGGGGUCUUUAGAGCACUACAGUAGGUCUCAAGGCUGCCAGUCUCUGAUUCCUAUUAGAUGGCAAUCUCAUAGAAGAACAUAAGGCAGGUCAAUUAAUACCAGAUGGGAAGGGAGCUUCCAACAUUUGAAAAUUUUCAGCACUUGCGCAUAUAUAUGCGUGUGUGUGUGUGUGUGUGUGUGUGUGUGUAUGUGUGUGUGUGUGUGUGUGUGUAUGUGUGUGUAUAUAUAUGUAUAUAUGUGUGUGUAUGUAUAUGUAUGUAUAUUAUAUAUAUAUAUAUAUAUAUAUAUAUAUAUAUAUUAUAUAUAUUAAUUAUUUUUCUUUACUAUUAUGGCAAUUUGGUUAGGUCAGUUCAUGAGUUUUGGUGGUUUAUGUAAACACCAUAGUGAACCCUAACUGGGAUCUCAAUCAGCUACAUAACUUAGGACAUAUAAGAGCCAGAGUGGCCUUGUACACACAGGAGCCUUAACUGUUUCGUUGUCUCUAUCAGAAUGUUUUGCCACCGACCAUGAAACGAACAUUGGAAGCACUACAGCCCACUUUACUGGUUUCGCUGCAAGGAGUGCCCUUGUGCCUGUGGUGUCAUAGCACACCCUACUUCCUGGAAUCUCCUGUAUGAGAAUCUAACUAGCGUUACUGAGCUAAGCAGUACCGUGCUUAGUGACUGAGAGCAUCAGUUGAGUGAUAUGUCAUUUAGCCAUACUUGUCGAAAUAGAACAAUCGGGAUGUGGCGGACUUGAGUUGUUGGGUUUUUCUAAAAUGGUGUUCUAUAUUGUCAUAUGUUAGAUGGACUGCAUUCCAUAAGUGUGAUGUAUGGUCCUCAUACUAAGUUUGACUUUGCAGUGCAUUAAUGACUUUUCUUCUCGUAUAGAAGAAUCAUGCAGGGGAACCGAGGCUUUAAGAUGGACCAGCAGAAUCAUGCUCCUCGGAAGCAAAUGAUGCACCAGCAACAGCACCCACACCACCACCAACAGCAACAACAGCAGCAUCAUCAUCAGCAGCAUCAUCAUCAGCAGCAGCAUCAGCAAGAGGCUCCUUCACCUACUAAUGGGCAGCAGAUGAAUAGUCCCAGUAAGUGGUCCAUUUAUAGCGUUUCUCUGGUACUGGCAUUAAAGAGAUUAUAUUGACUGAAUUAUUUAAGUUAAUAUUUUUACUCCCUUCAUAGUAAAUAAGAGUUAGUGGUGGUAGUGAGAGGAUAUGUGUAUGCUCAUUAUAUGUAAUUUAUUUUUCCAGAUGAAGGGGUGACCAUUGAUCUGAAGAAUUUCCGUAAGCCAGGCGAGAAAACUUAUACUCAGAGGAGUCGUCUGUUUGUCGGUAACCUUCCAUCUGAUGUGACCGAGGAGGAGCUACGCAAAAUGUUUGAGAAGUAUGGCAAGGCUGGUGAGAUCUACAUACACAAGGACAAAGGAUUUGGCUUCAUCAGACUGGUGAGUUCCACGUGUUGCCUGGUCUAACAGGUUCUUCUGUUAUCUGCAGAAAUGAUUUCUCUAUAUUUACAAAUCAAGGGUAUCGCGGUGCGCAGGUUGACAAAAGCCAGCUGAUUAUUGGUUUGUGAGGCCAUUGCUUGCAGGCUUUGAAGGUUAUGUCCUCCAUUUAUGUCAAAGUGGGAUACUAUUUGUAUAAAAAAUGUCUCUAAUGCAGACUUUGACUUUAACAAUUGCAUGCACAGAGGAUGGUACCCACAGGUCUUUUUCAAAAUAAUCUUCAUUCUUGAUUUCAAGUAAGACAAAAUAAAUGUAUUAGUAAACAUUUCAGACCAACCUUAUUGAUAUUGUAUAAAUAAUUUAAGUGUUCCCAGUUUCCCUUAAAAUUGUCACUUUUUUCUAAAAUAAGACUGGGAAAUGCAGUUAGGCCCUGAAUCGCUUGAGGUGCCUGGAGUCUUUUUAAAGGACCACCGGGUGCUGUGGUCCUGUAGGUUUAACCCUGCAAUAUAAAACAUUUGCAGGGUUAAACAGAACACUAAAACUCGGUCAUGUGACUGCAGUCCCCCUCUGAAAGCACUGUGGAGUAUUGGAACUGAUAUUGGAGUAGGCAAUGCUCUUCCGUGAUGACAAAGUGCUAGAUAAAGGUAAUUUAAAAAAAAAAAAAAAGCAGCCAUGACUGUCAAAAUGUAACUAAAAAGGAUGCAGUGACCUUCUAUAAAUCACAUUAGAUUGAUAUAUUAGUGUGGCCAAGUUGCUAGCAAAUCUUAAUUUUUUAACAUAUAACCUAAUGAUAAAAGAUCUUGUCUCUUUUAGGGGUCCAGACCUAAUUUAAUUGUUACACUAUUAGGUUAUCCACAGGAAAACUCCAAAAAGUCUGACAUUUUAAAGGCGCAGAUCUCAAUAAAAAGUGUGUAGCUUUUUUCUUAAACUGCGGCCUGAUUCUUAUGUGCAGUCCUCCAUCCCUAUACACUUCAAAUGCUGCUCCUUGAGAAGCAUUGGGUACACCUGACGAAUGCACAGCAGCAGUCUCUGUCCAGUGCUUCUCUAUGAGAAGCAUUGUUGCAGUGUCCAGUCCUAGAAAUGUUAAAGGAUAUAGAUAAUGCUCUUCCUUGUUUAUACAUGUAAUGAGCACUGUUCUAUUACAAAAGGUCAGCUGACACGCUCAGCAAAUCACUCAUGUCCAUGACUGUGAACACUAAUGCUUCCUCAUCCGCCUGAGCAGCACAGAGGGGACGGCCUGCUGGGGCUCUUGUUUAGUCAUACAAAUGGUUUGGCACAGAACAGAAGAAGGGUCCUGGGGACUCCAGACAAUAUAACUAAUUCAAUGACAUGAUUGACUAAUUCCAUGAUACAGUGACCCUUAAUCAGUCUGGAAUUGAUCGUGCCUCUUAAUACAGCAAUGAAAAUAUUGUUUUUACUGCUUUUAUAUGGUUGUUGUGUGUACAUGUCCGUGUGUUUAUGAUUAUUUUGGGUUAUUGUUCAGACAUGACAGAACAUAUAUCUUAUUCACAGGAAACCCGUACUCUAGCUGAAAUUGCCAAGGCAGAGCUUGAUAACUUACCACUGCGUGGGAAGCAGUUGCGUGUUCGUUUUGCCUGCCACAGUGCUGCUCUUUCUGUGAAAAACCUUCCUCAGUUUGUGUCCAAUGAGCUUCUGGAGGAGGCCUUCUCCAUUUUUGGCCAGGUAGAAAGGGCCGUGGUAAUUGUGGAUGAUCGUGGAAGACCAACUGGCAAAGGCAUUGUCGAGUUUGCUUCUAAACCAUCUGCACGAAAAGCUCUUGACCGCUGUGCCGAUGGCUCAUAUCUCCUAACAGCGUAAGUAGUUUGAAUGAGGUGAAGACACGUUCUUGUUUUGAGUGAGAUAAAGUGAUGCUUGUCCCUUUUUAUAAGGUGAAUUUUGGACAAGUCUACUUGUAUAAGUGGUAGCUCAGAAAAAAAGUGGUGUACACAAUCCUCUUGUAAUGCCAUACAGUGGUAUUCAAAUCAACCCAUAUAGCUGUAUAACAGAUUCUUUCUUGCCUGUAUUUUACUGGCUAAUUUAACUUCCUGUUUAUUUUAAUAAGGAUCUGUAACCUCUGGAUUACUGGUUAUUUAUUUUUAUUUUUACAGCACAUGAAAGUGCCUCUAGUGUGGUUAAUCAUCUUUCCAUCCUAGUUCAUAUAAUGGUGGUUUGCAUUGUAUCCCUGGCUCUCCUGUCACAAAAUGACUAACAAAAAACCCCACAUGGCUCUGUUUUAGUUGUAUACCAUGUUUGUGUAAAAUUAAAGGUGUUUAUAUGGUUGAGCUGCAAUAAGAGCAGUUUGUGAGAGAACAAGAUGUAGUAAAAUGUUUGUUUGCAGGUUCCCCCGUCCCAUUACUGUGGAGCCUAUGGAUCAACAUGAUGAAGAAGAAGGCCUUCCAGAGAAACUAAUUAAUAAGAAUCAGAUGUACCACAAGUAUGUUCCCUGUGAUCUUUUGUAAAAAUCACUGUAACUUUAUUUGACUUUUCAGAAGGGUCCUUCAAAUGUGAAACUUGAUAGAAGUGAAAAGAAUACUGGAAGUCAUGAGUAUAGGAAUUGCCAUUGCACAAACAAUACCUAAUGGGCAGGCAAACUGCAGGCAUGAAAAUGAAUGCCAUAUACAAAGCAACAUAAAGCAUAGGUCUGCCUAGCAAGAAAAAAUAAUAAACAGCUGCUAUCUUUUGAGUCCUGCUUUUAAUCUAAUGCUGGGUUUAGCUAAAUAAAAAUAUUGUCAAAAGUUUUAUUUUUACUGCAUGUUUUUACAUUUGCAUCAAAGCAAUAACUAGGUUCACAAGUUGGGUAAUUGUAGUAUAUUGCAGAAGCAUUUUUGCGGAGGUUAGUCUACAUCAUUAGCAAGUGGAAAUCCAUGUAGCAAGCAAAGUGUGUAUUUUUCUGUACAUAUGUAUACAUUUUUGUUACAACAUGCUUUGUAAUAUAUCUAUAUAAUUCUCCCUUAUGGUUACAAUAACACAUGCUUGUACAAGACCCAAUUGAGCAAAUUCUAUGAUUAUUCAAUUUCUAAUUCCAACUGCAUCCACAGUUCUCUAUAUUGGAAAAUGUAGUAUCUUAUUGUAUGUUCUGAUGGUUCUAGGGAACGUGAGCAGCCCGCUCGGUUUGCCCAGCCUGGAAGCUUUGAGUAUGAGUAUGCCAUGCGUUGGAAAGCUCUGAUUGAAAUGGAGAAGCAGCAGCAGGAUCAAGUUGACCGCAACAUCAAGGAAGCACAAGAAAAGAUGGAGGUUGAGAUGGAGGCAGCACGGCACGAGCACCAGGUCAUGCUGAUGCGUCAAGGUGAGCAUGGAGUUCGAUGUUGACAUUAGAACACUUAUUCGUGGAACAAGCUUAUUUUUCCUUUUGAUCCUCAUAGCAUAACUACAUUUUGCAGCGGGUAUACAGCUGCUAGAGGUGGAGUUAAUCAUGCAAUGUAACUAUUCUAGUUAAUAAACUACAAUAAUUAUAAUUACAGGGUUAUUGGGCCCGGGACACUGCACCCAGAACACUUAAAUGAGCUGGAGUCUUCUGGGUGCCUAUAAUGGUUUACAAACGCUUUAAAACAUCUUCCGCACCUUCUGGGGUCUUGCAAAUACCCCUGAUGGUGACUUCAUCGUUUGGAGUGCGAUGGUAGGGCAGUUAUGGUGAAUUGUAUUUGGACACCGUCAUCUUUUGGCACUUCAUCUGCCAGGUUCCCACUUCAGUGAUGUACUCUCAUGUAUGCGCAAGCAUACAGCACUAAUGACAAAGGUCUCACAAGACCGUGGGAGCCUGGUAAAAUAUUUGAGCAAGAUAAUACCUUAUUCGGGUGAGUGAGAAAACUUGAUGGCUCUAGCUGUGCUUUUUACCAUAAUACAAAGUAUCUACUUUAUCUAAAAGAAUUUUGGCUGCAGUCUUUAGGUGCAUUUUAUGAAGAUUGUAUCUUUAUGAAAUGCUUGGUUGCUUUCUGUGCCCUAGCCCCCAAGCCCAUUCUUUUCCUGGUGAUAGAGUGGCUUUAAAUACAUAUUAUAACACACUGCUAAUGUGGACUUUCUGCUUGUAUCCUUUUGUUAGAUCUAAUGAGACGUCAGGAAGAGCUGAGGAGGAUGGAAGAGUUGCAUAAUCAAGAGAUGCAGAAACGCAAGCAGAUGGAGCUCAGGUGUGCAGUUUUUUUAAUUCUCUUUUUGGUCUCACAUGCGUUGCAGUAUUUGUUUUUUAAAAAAAAUGUAAUGUCCCCGCUUUCACAGACAUGAAGAGGAGCGUCGAAGACGUGAGGAAGAAACAAGAAGGCAGCAAGAGGAGAUGCUCAGGCGUCAGGAAAGCUACAAGGGCAACUACCCUGAUUCAGUAAGUCUUUGUUGGUGAUUUUAUUUGACUUUCAUUGAAUUUAAAAUAGUCACUGUCGGUUAAAGCUGUGGGUUGUUGAAUAAGUGGAUUCAAUAAUACUGCACAUCGUGUGUGUGUAUGUGUGUAUAUUUUUUUUUUUUUUUUUUCUCUCCUGGAGUAUUCGAAUGCUGAUCGUUUCAACAGUUUGAUUUUACCAAAUGAUUGAAUCAAACAACUUUUCUAAUGUGGAUAACACCUCUAGCUCUAACACUUAAGCAGCACAGGUACUUGAUGGAACCAAUAUAAGUGUCAAACAGUUAAGCAGGCUUUUAUUUAAUUUUUUCCCAUGGUGCUUAACCCCUUCAGGAUGGAGUCAAUAGUACACGUUCUGAUCAAAACAAAAUGUAAACAAAAAACUGGAAUUUACACUCUGUUCAACUGUAAUUCACCUCUUUCAUAUUAAGUGCACCCACACUUAUAUAUCAUUUUGUUCGGGAGAAACAGGGCUUUAAUUUCUCAAACUAUUAAUAUAUGAAACAUAACUUAUGACUAACAUUAAAGGCGAGAAAUUAAGAUUUGUUUUUUUUUUUUUUAAUUGUAGUUCUGCCUGACAUUUUAGCUGUAAAUGUCAUGUUUGCUUUUACUGCAGUAACAUGCACAAAUUUGUAUUUAGCAAAGUCUCACGAGUACAACAGUACCCCCAUUAACAGAUUUUACUGUGUUUUGGAAAGUUAGAGUCAAAUAUAGCACGUUCCAUUUUUUUGUUUUGUUUUUUCACAUUGAAAUUUGCCAGAUUAGUAAUGUUACUUUUGAGAUCGUGUUGUAGCCCAGGAUUGAGAAUUACCUCUAUGAUGGCAUACUAUUUGCAAAAAUGAAAUGCAAGCCUUAUAUUUGACUCUAACGAGUAAAACCCCAUGUACAGGUUUUAUGGUGUCUUGGAAAGUUACAGGGUUAAAUAGAGUGCUUGCAAAUUAAAUUCUCUGCACUUUCUGCCUGGAUUAUCAGGCACGUCAAUUACAUUUUAAUUAAAUCACAUAAUUAUGUUAAAAUAUUAAAUAUACACAGAAUUUUAAUAAAUGUAUUUAAAUUCUACGUGUAUAUGUAAUUUGUGUUUAUAUUUUCAUCAUUUGCAGUUAUUUGUAUUUUUUAUAUAUAAUAUCUCUCAAAAUAGAAUUAAAUUAUGUAUAAUUUGAAAAAAGUUAAUUCCAAUAAAUACAAAUAUUUUUGUGUAUAUAAAUAAUAGCAUGUUGAAGUGUGAAAUCCUUGUAAAAGAAAAGUACUUUUUUUAUGCUAUAGAGUAAAUUAUUCUUAUUUUUCAGAGGGAAGCUGACUUGAGGAUGGCACAGAUGGCAAUGCCAGGUACAGAAUUUUUGCUCUUAUAAUCUUUUAAUGUUAAUCCUCUGUGGAUGAUCUUAUAUCUGGAACAUUUUAUUCCUUAAACAGGUUCAAUAGGUAUUAAUAACCGCCCUCCCCUCAACGCUACUAAUGUUCCUGCCGGCACCACAGCUUCUGCUGGAGCUGGUGCAAUGAUGCCCGAAGGAGCUGCAAUUGGAUUGGUAAGAGGAAUAAGCUUGCCUUUUAGUAAACAUCCAACACGUAAAUGAAUCAAUGGUCUAAUGUACUUGUCUUUCUAGGCAACCCCACCAACUGAGCGUUUUGGACAAGCUCCCAACAUAGAAAGCCUUGGUGGAAACAACCAAACUGCAUUUCCCCGUGGAACUCCCGGAGGAGGGGAUUUUGGCCCUAACAAACGUCGGCGAUAUUGAUUGUAUUAAGCAGGGUGGCCUGUUCCACAGGCUUGUGAGACUGGUUUUGUAUUGGUAGUGUUCAUGUCAUAUAGGGCAUUCUUCAGAGCAAGUGGAGACUGAUCCUAGAUUUUUAUCAACAAUUUUUGUUGGGGGGGGGGUGUUUAAACCUACGUAUGGGCAGGUAAAUUUAUAUAAUGUGAAAAGCGCUGAGGAGUAGAUAACCCAUUUCACACUGGUCUCCAAAAGAGCACAGGUUAAUUUCAGUCCAGUGCCAUGGUGCCUCCCUUUCCUACCACCUUAGACCAUCAUGCAGUUUAAAUUUUUGUUGUACAUUAGUAAGUCUCUUGCUGCCCUAACCUCCAGCUGAAAAGCUGUUUUUUAUAUUUUAUUUUCCACUUUGGACCAUGAAUUUAUUUUGUAGACUAUUUUGUGUGGUUGUUGCCUGCUGGCUUAGGUUAUCUAAUUCAGCACGUCUAUUACGAUCCCUUGGCCCCAAUUCCUGUAUUCUGUUUGUUAAAUUUUCCUCAUCUUCUGCCUGAUGUAUGUUUUCUCCAUAAAGCUUGUUAGGAGGAACUUACUGGUUAUAAAGAAGUGACAUGUGAUAACCAUUCAUUAAUAAAUGGGAUUUUAAGUCUUUUUUUUUUUUUUCCAACACGUGUUUGUUUGUUUUUUGUUUUUUUUCUCUC